UGCAUCUAUCGAAAAAGUCUCGAUUACUAUGCAUAAAGUCGUAUCGCUCACAGCUGAUGCAUUUCGCGCCAUUUAUUGUAUUUUUUUUUUGGUUUUAACGACCGACGACGAGAAAUUCAGUGUAUUAAUAACUACAAUGACUACCUUAAUAGAACAGUUAAUUGCGAAGCUGGGGCUAAGGGAGGAGCCAAACGUGUUAGAGAAAACCACCGAAUUAGUGCGCCUUCUGGAACUGCGUUCCACGAAUGUCCCUCUGCAGAUCAACGAGUACGGGAAGAUAGUGCUGUGUGCGGAUCUCGCUUCCUGCAUGAUGGGGAUCGGUUUCGACAAGGAACAGGCUCUGAAAUUGUCCGGAUUGCGCAAGAGCCACUACCUCAACAACAAGCGGAUGUUUGAGAAGCUGCUGGACCUAAACAAACUGCCUAGCGUGAAUGACAUCUGUGUUCAGCUGGGUCUGAACGAAGUUGCCCGCAAGGCGGAGGAGCUAAUGACUGUCUUCAAGGGCGUAACGGCCACCGAAGGCACCGAUAUCGACACCACCCACCCUCAGUACGCCACCAUGGCCGUGUUCCAGGCCUGCCGCCUGAUCAAAAAUAAGGUCUCCAAGUCAAAGCUCAUGCCCUUCAGUAACCUGCGACCCUCCCAGUUUCAGCUGCUCGAGCAGCAGUGGGAACGCAUGCUAGCUAAGCACCACAAGGAGAGCAAAGUAUCAUCAAGCACCGAUGUGGACGGUAAACUUAUGGAAAACCAAAAUGAGAAUAUCAAGGGCCACGGGGCAAAGAAGGCACAAAAGCCUCAGGCGGAGGACUACGAGAUAUGGAAAUCACGAAUGCUGGCCACAGCGCAGACCAAACUGAAGGAAUUAGAAGCAUCCCAAGCCCAUACGGAUAAUCAGCUUCUCGAGGCUUAGGGAUUUAUAUUUUACAUCUCCAAAACAUUUCCUAGUGAAACUAAGCUUGACUUGAUAGAUACUUACCUAAAACUUAUUAAGCAUUCUCAUUAGUUG